AUGUAAUAACAUUGUAAUUUGAUUCUCAACGAACGAGGAACUCUAUGGUUAGGGGACUACGAAUCUGCUCUCAAUUUAGUAUUAUGAUUAUUUAUCUCUAAGGAGUUCCUUAAAAGUAAAGGAAUUAGGACAGUCAUAACAGUGGCUGCAGGAUUGAACUUAAAAUAUGAAGGAAUAGUCCAUCACAAAAUUGAAAUAUUAGAUAUAGAAUUAACCAAUAUUUCUUAAUAUUUUCAAACAGCCAAUGAUUGGAUAGAAAGAGGAUUUAAUAUAGGAGGUGUAUUAGGUAGCAUCAAUCUAUUAUAAGAAGUUAAGUUCAUUGCAUGGCAGGUGUCUCCCGAUCUGCAGCUAUAGUAAUUGCUUAUUUGAUA